AUGGCGUUGUCUACUAGAUGGAAAAUUCUGAAUAGAGAGUUAGGGAAAUGGAGAAAUGACUUGACAAAAGCAAGGGAGAACAUUCGAAGCAGUCAAAAUCUAUCCGAUGAGAUCAUACAAGCACAAGUUUGGUUCGGUGCCAUGGGGCAAGACAAAAAAAGUUUCUUGCAUCACGAAUGUUGGGAAGUUGUGAAGGAUUGCUCAAGAUUCAAAAUUAUUCCCACAGGUCCGGCAGUUGUGUUGAAUGAGACGCCACUCCACGAUUCGCCAACAACCGAUUUGCUAUUUGACUCUGCAAUGGAAACGGAGUCACCACUCCCACGUGCACUGAGACCUAUUGGGAGAAAAGCGGCAAAGGCCAAGAAAGGGAGCACUUCGAACAAUGAAUGUGCACAAUUUUUGGAGCAAAUAGCUAAGAACACCGCACUAAGAAUUGAAAGAGACUUGAAAAGAGAAGAAGCGGACAUGGCAUGA